AUGCUCGUAGCGGUCAGUGCGGAAAAUGGCCUUGAUGGUGGAAGUGGUGAACUGCCACAACAUUCAUUAUUGGAACAAAUGACUGGCGAAGAUGGUGACACUCAAGAUGGCAGUCUAGAAGGCGAAGACUAUGACAAUGAACCGGAUGGUGAACUGCACGAUGACAGUGAACAGUACGUUGAUCCGCAUCAGAGCGGUGAAAUCUACAUAGGUGACGUUCUCGAGGAAGAAUGUGGAAAAUAUAAAGACUUGGAUACGAAGGUGGCCGGAGAGAUUAGAGGGGAUGUGGAACAUGUCAAAGCAACGCUGAAUGACAACGUCAAUUGUGAUUGCACCAAGACAGCAGUGAAACUUCUACAAUUUCUACAAGAAGAGGAACGGAUAUCCAGUGAUUCAUAUUACGCUUAUACCAAGAUUAAUAAGGAAGAACCGAAUGAUAAAAUUGCUGAACGUCUUUGGAGCAAAGGUAUCAUGACAGGCCUGCUAGAAGUCGCAGUAGGGAACAACAACGUGGAACUCAAAUUUGGAUGCGCUAAGGACAAUGACUGGGCAGUUUGCACGUUCAAAGUCCCUGAGAAUCAGCGGGACAACAUUGAAGCAGAAGCGAAAAAACGUGCAGUAGAGCGGCAGAAUAAAGCAUGGGAGGAGCUGAAGAAGGAGAUGGAGUCAAAUUCUGCGUAA